CUAGUAUGCAUGACAAAUGGACAAAUCAUUAUCACCGUUUGCAUUGGUAUCUCAGUGCCUGCGCUAUGUGGAACCGCACAUUUACGCCCGCACGGUAGCGGGCAGCUGCAGCCGCGCCGUAAAACAGGCAAUAAGGCUGAGCAGCAACAGGCUGGUUUGCUGGCUGCCAGAGAGCAAAAACCCCAGCCUCCCACACCCAUGAGCCUAGCUCUGUAACGGUCUUCUCUCUUUUCUUUCUAUUCCUCGCGCGAAUGUCGCGACAACUACCUCGUAACGAGUGCACGGUGGGAUGGGUAGGCGCCCUCCCAGUCGAGUUUGCAACGGCACAGGAGAUGCUCGACGAAGAGCACGCCAACCUGCAGCACCAGUCCGGAGACAACGACGAGAACACGUACGCCCUGGGACCGAUAGGUGGCCAUAACGUCGCCAUCGUGUGCCUGCCAGCCGGUCGCAUUGGCAACAACCCAGCUUCGGCGGUGGCGAUGCAGAUGCGGGCAACAUUCUAUCCCUAAAGAUAGGCUUAGGAUUAGGAUUUCUUUUUAGGAUUUUUUAAGAUUUUUUUUUAAAUAAAUAAACUAGAUAGUAGCCUUAUUAUAGAAUAAAAUUAUUAAAGUAAUAUCUCUAG